AUGCAAAAAGAAGCAAAGGAAAAAGAGAGAAAAGAAAGACAGGAAAGAGAGAAAAGAAAGAGAGAGGAGAAAGAAAGAGAGGAAAGGGAGGAGAAAGAGAGACAAAAGAAAAGGAGGGAAGAGAAUGAGAGAGAAAAGAAGGAGAGAGAGGAGGAGCAAGAGAAGAAGAGGAAAGAGGAGGAGCAAGAGAAGAAGAGGAAAGAGGAGGAAGAAAGAGAGCAGAAACAGAGAGAGGAGAAAGAGAGACAGCAGAAAGAGAGAGAGAUGAAAGAGAGAGAGGAGAAAGAAAGAGAGGAAAGAGAGGAGAAAGAGAGACAAAAGAAAAGGAUGGAAGAGAAUGAGAGAGAAAAGAAGGAGAGAGAGGAGGAGCAAGAGAAGAAGAGGAAAGAGGAGGAGCAAGAGAAGAAGAGGAAAAAGGAGGAAGAAAGAGACCAGAAACUGAGAGAGGAGAAAGAGAAACAGCAGAAAGAAAGAGAGCUGAGAGAGAGAGAGGAGAAGGAUAGACAAGAGAGAGAGAAGAAAGAGACAGAAGACAAAAUGAGAGCGCUGAAAGAGAGACCGUCAAAUACCGUCCGCCGCCGCCAACCAUCGCCAACCUCACCAAGCCUGUUUUCGCCAAUUUCGUCUCCACCGUCCUCCACUUCCGUCACCAACGGGCCGACAGAUCCCGUUCGCCGAUCGCCCCACCUAUACAUUCCGACCACCGCGCAUCACCAGACCAGCAGUGCGACUCUGCAAUUAAACGUCGGAUAUAUCCAGCUUGGCCGGUGCGGCUCUCCAGCCCUGCCACCACGUCUCCCAGACCGUAUCAGCGCCAGUUGUGGCGGCUUUUGGUGA